AUGCACCCACUCACCAAAAUUGACUCGCACAAUUUCACCCUCAACUUACAAGGGCGGGAACCUCCUAUUCUCGUGCGAGUCCUCUAUGAUGUGGACCUCGCGCACAGUAAAAACUUGGAAAUCGGACCUGCUGGCGGCCUGCUCCGCGCAUACCAGGACGAUCCCGAGGCUUCUUGGAUGGUGGUGGCUUGUGAUUAUCCAUUCAUGGGUGAAGAAGGUCUCGCGCAGCUAUGGGGGGCGUUUAAUGGCGAUUUGACGGUGUUUUAUAAUGCGGAUGGGUUUUCGGAGCCAUUGUUGGGGGUCUGGACUCCGGUGGCGUUGAGAGAACUCUCUCGGGCUGUUGCUGAGGGGAUCACGAGUCCGAAUUAUAUUGUUCGACGAUUGAAGAGUGAGUUGGUACGACCGAAGGUGGAGAAGUGGUUGAUGAAUGCGAAUACUCCAGAAGAGUGGGGAGAGGUGCUGAGGGGAGGUUAG